AUGGCGAUUACGCGGUUGAUAUUUGCCUAUAAAUCUCUGGAUCAAGUGAUACAUAGAGUCAGACUCAUACAAUAGAAGACCCAACAAACACACAUCAGCAAAAGACCAGUUGGGAAAUUCUGCAGCUUGAAGAAGGAUGAAGCAAAAGAUGGUGAUCAGGGUCCCCAUGAACGGUGAAAAGAAGUGCAGAUCCAAAGCCAUGCAGACUGCAGUUGGUGUACGAGGUGUUGAAUCAAUAGCUUUGGAAGGUGAAGAUAAGAACCAAAUUGUUGUCAUUGGCGACAGUGUUGAUUCAGUUAACUUGACAUGUUUAUUAAGGAAGAAAUUCGGGUCUGCUGAACUUCUAAGCGUCUCAGCGGUCAGUGAGAAGAAGCAGAAGGAGAAUAUGACUGAACCAGGGGUACUGCAGCCAAUGGUUUGGUCACCAUAUCAAGCUGGUGUGCCACAAUAUUAUUACAGUACUGUUGUUUGUGAAGAUAAAAACAACUAUGACACUUGCAGUAUCAUGUGAGACAUGAAAGAAAAUUACUCAGCAGUUCACUGUGAUAUGAAUCUCAUUUUUCAGUAAUGAUCUAUAUCAGAGUUACUGUAUAUUUUUUUUUCUUUUUAAUGUCAAGAUUAAGAAGAAUAAUGUUUGUAUCACUUCACUUGAAAGUGAUGCUUUCUUAUCUACCCAGAAACAAAGCCUGAAUCUUUACCGACCUUGUUCUCAGAACUGAAGAUCAUGUAUAGAAAUAAUUUAAUAGAUAACAGCAUUGAGUUUCCAUGUUAUCAGUAAUGGUGAUGGUUCUGUCAUUGUUGGGCAAUGACCCCAUGACAAGGUCACAAGGAUGGAUUGAGUCAUCUCCAUAUAUAAUCUGUGCGGUACUGGAAAAAAAAAA